CUGCUGCCCUCGGCCCUGCUGCCGACGUGGCGCGAGAUCGAGCGGAAGGGUUGAGCGAGCGCGACUGUCAGCUGAACUGAGCACCAUGUCGCACGAUGAGCCAGCAGAAGACCUCACUACACAACCUCCCUCCCUCCACCAGACGACCACUGAUGAAUCUGCCCCCAUUGCUCCAGUGACCACAGAUGAGCUCCCAUCUUUAUCACAGCUCUCACUGGACACAUCAGCCUCUGAUCCAACCAAUGAGGCUGUAGAAGAACACGGUACUACAGCCAGAGAUGUUGAAGAGAAGCAGUUACACCCAUCAGAGGAUAAACCUGAGGGUCUGGUCUCUGAAUGUGUGGAUUCAGUGAGUUUGGAUCCGGAUGUUACACAGGAAGAAGCUCAAGGAACAGAGCCUCAGGAUGAGUCUAAAUCUAAAGGUUGGGGUAGUUGGGGCUCGUGGGGGAAGUCACUUCUGACCACUGCCACAUCCACUGUGGGUCAGGGGUUAAGCUCAGUGAAAGAGAAAGCAGGUGUGACUUUCCGAAUGCGUCAGACGUCAUCGUGUGAGGAGGCAGAGGAGACCCAUGAGCGUCCCGAGAUGCUGACGGCACAACAUGAUCAUCCGGAGGAGAUGCACAGAGGAGUGCUGUCGACCAUCACCAGUGCAGUUCAGAACACUGGUAAAUCUGUAAUAACAGGAGGUCUUGAUGCUCUAGAGUUUAUUGGCAAGAAGACCAUGAAUGUCUUGGCAGAGAGUGACCCAGGCUUUAAAAAGACCAAAAUACUGAUUCAGAGAACUGCUUCUCUCUCGCAGAUGUUGAAAGAAGCAAAGGAAAAAGAGAGAGAUAGACUGAGCACUCAGAUGGUCACAGAACCAACCGCUCACUAUGGGAUCUUGUUUGAUGACUACCAAGGCUUAUCUCAUCUAGAGGCGCUGGAGAUCCUUUCCAAUGAGAGUGAGGGGAGGGUUCAGACCUUCUUGUCCUCUUUGGAAGGGGAAGAGUUGCAGGUUCUAAAAAAGGAGCUGAUUGAGAUUAAGGAGAUUUUUAUCGCUCACGAAGAGGAGGAAGGCAAUGCGUGCUCAGAGGAAAACGGUGAUCUUUAUUCACAAAUUCAGUGUUCCACUCCUCUCUCUGCUGACGGAGAGGAGUUUGUCAGCGUUCUUACCGAGCUACUCUUUGAGCUGCACGUUGCUGCAACUCCAGACAAAUUGAACAAAGCGCGUAUUAAAGCUCAUGACUGGGUGAGAGAGGUAGAGCGGUCGAGUGAAGUCAAGAAUGUUACGGAUGAAUUAAAGGAGGAGAACUCUGCUCCAGAAAAGGAGAUGAAAGAGGAAGGAGAAGAGGGAGAGAAAGUGGAGAGCAAGGAGAGUGAGAAAGAGGAGAGAAAUUUAAAGGAUGGAAAGUCAGAUGCUGUUGAGAAUGUGUACCUGUCAUCGGUUGGCAGUCUUGCCGAGGUGACCGCUCGUAGUAUAGAGCAGCUACACAAAGUCGCAGAGCUCAUUUUGCACGGUCAGGACCUGGAGAAACCAGCCUGCCAACAAGCAAAAAUUCUGGUCGGGUUAACCUGUGCCAUGUGUAAGGAGGUCGGCUGCUUGGCUCGGAAAUUCUCAGACACCCUCCUGGCUGUAGGGAGUCACAGAAAAGCAGAAGAAGUAAAUCCUCAGGUGGACAGCGUGACACUGGAGGGCUCUAAUAGCGCUGGCUACAUCCACAACGCUUUCCAGCUGCUGUUGCCUAUUCUCCAGGUGUCACACAUCCAGACCAGCAGAACCACUGUCAGGCCAAACCCAGAACCAACAACCACAGAAUAGUGUCCUCGUUCUGUACGUGUCCGUGUGUGUUUGUAUGUGUGUGUACUGUACUGCUUCGGUAUGAGAGCUUAAACCAAAAAGUGCAAUUCUAGUCUAUUUAUAGACUCUUAUAUAAAGAUAAUUUAGAGAUUGAAACUCCUAACUUUUUUAGGAUGCUGCUUGUCUGAUAUUUCUCUCGACACAUCCGUUAUUUUUUUAAGUUACCUUACAAAAAAAUGAAGAUUUAUUAAUCGCCUCUUGUGUUGUCGCAUCAGAUCUGGACGUUUAACUGUCACGAUUCUAAAUGAAGUCACUUUUGAUAUCAUUAUCGGGUUUAUUUGGAAUAAAAUGAACAAGGAACAUAAUAUGUCAUAUUAAUAAUAUGAAGUAUUAAAAAGACCAAAAGUGCUCA